AUUAUAACACAGGUUUACUAAGGCUAUAUAAGCCUCGCGACGUAUCACGUGACCCUCUUUCUCUCUCGCUACGCCAACAUGGAUGCCAGUCGCGUGCAACCGAUAAAACUCGCAAGAGUAACAAAGGUUCUGGGAAGAACUGGUUCCCAGGGACAGUGUACCCAGGUGCGGGUCGAGUUCAUGGAUGACAGCAACCGAUCAAUCAUCCGUAACGUCAAGGGCCCAGUCAGAGAGGGUGAUGUGCUGACCCUCCUUGAGUCUGAGAGAGAAGCAAGGAGACUACGAUAGAAGCUCCUGUUGGUAUGGAGGCGAUCUUGCAGUGGAAACGACAAGACUUCCCAUGUCAACAAACCAUCUGAUCUGCACAGUUUGGGAAUAAAUUGUUGAAAAGAAA